ACACAACAACAACAACAUAAACAAUUGUCGACGGUGGAUUUUCAAUUAUUUCAGCAAAUUCAUCGAAAUGUCAAAAAGAAAAGUUGAAUUUAAAGAGCCGGCUGCGCCUAGUGUCAGUGAGGCAGAAAAAUCUAGAAGAUUUAAGGAGAAACAUUCACUCGACAGCGACGAGGAAGUAGACGAAAAUGAAGACCGACUUGACGAUGAAGAUAUUGAAGGUCAGGAAGAUGAAACAAUUGACAAUGAUGAAGGCAUCAAGAUAACUCCAUUCAACAUGAAGGAGGAAAUGGAGGAAGGCCACUUUGACAAGGAUGGCAUGUACAUCUUCAACAGAGACAAGGAUGCCAUUAAAGAUGAAUGGAUGGAUAAUAUUGACUGGGAAAAAAUCAAAGAAACUGAAGGUUCUACAGGAACAGGUGACAACCAGGAGUCAGAUAGUGAGGAAGAAAGUAUUGACUUACAGAAUAUAUACAGAAAGAUGCUGGAAUUUAUUAACGAGGGAGAGACAGUUGCCAGAGCCUUAAGGAGACUUGGUGGUAAUAAAAAGACACAGUCGGCCAGCCAGAAGUGGAAGACAAAGAAACAAAAAACAGGGGACACAGCAGAAGACUUGAAGGCACAAGAGGACAGACAGAAGUUUCUAGACCUUACAGAACUUGCUGAUAAAGUGUUAUCCAGUGGAAAUAUGGAGGUGUAUGAAAUGACACAUGAAAAAAUAAGAUAUGAGUUAAAGAAAAUGGAAACGGGAAAUGGGAGGCCGAAUGUUUUUGAAAAGAAAAUGGAUGAUGAUGAUGAUGCUCUGGACAUGUUUGCUGAUGAUUUUGAUAAAAAAGAGACUGACAAGAUUGGCAAGGACUAUGCUGCUUCCGAUGCCUCAGAGGCUGCAAAUAAUGGUGAUACAAACAAAGAAGAUGGGAAGAAAGCUGAGGUGGAAAAGGAUGAAGGUAAGAAUGCAGUGAAGGCAUCUGUAGAGGAGCCAAGAGGUGAGGUUAUGUGGGAGUACAGAUGGGAGGACAAGGACUCGGAGGAAGUGCAUGGCCCCUUCACUAGCACCCAGAUGAAUGACUGGCAGGAGGAAGGCUUCUUCAAGGGGGGUGUCUACUGCAGGAAGGUGGGAACCAGCAGUCAGUUUUACUCCUCCAAGAGGAUCGACUUUGAUUUGUACACCUAAUAGGGAUUAUGUGCAAAGUCAAUAAUGGAAUAAAUUAGGAGGGAAAUAAAGAUGUGAAUGCAAUUAUUUAAAGAGCAAAAUGGUCAUGGAGUCUAUUUCUACAGGUGCAUAUUAAAGCAAUGGGUUCUUAAGUCUUUGCAGGUCUUGUAGUGGGCUGUCUGGGGAACAUUUGACAUGUUGCAUAACAUUUCUGUUAGUAUGAGGCUGUAUGUCAAAUGAUUUCAUGUAAAUUAAUAAAAUUAUACAGCCGUAUUUGGUUAUUUAGCACAGAUAUAUAAAUAGAAUGAGGAGUGAACAUAUUGGUUGAAGAUUUAGAGAGGAAAGACAAUGAUUAAGAGUAAACUGUUUUACUCUUAUCCUUCAUUUGUUGCAUGAAAUGACAAAGGGCUUUUCAUCAGGAAAUUGGGAAGAGGGCAGGGGCCUUUCAAAUUGGGAAUUUCAUGCGCGAUAACUGCUAAAUUUGGGAAGACCGUGUUUUUUUAAGUUUUUGAAACAGGGCCUUUUCAUUGUGCAGAACUAUUAAAAGACACAUUGUGGUGCAUUCUUAAUCAUAUUAGAGCUCAUUGCAUUCGAUUGGGAAUGGUCGAUAUAAGGGUGAAAAGCCCUGUGACAUAAAUUUGAUAAUUAUUGUUUUUAUGUAUUGAAAAUGACUUGGAACAUCUGGAAGAUACACAUUAGGGCCCAGUUGCUUGCAACAUUCAAUUGAGAGUUAACUGUUUAACUGUGUUUAUUGGAUUAAAAUUCAUCGGUGCAUGCUAUGAAUUGAAUGAAAAAAGAGAAUAAUUGUAACAAUGUCUUGAAAAUGACUUGGUCUGCUAUCAAAAUCACAGGAUCCAAAAUAAUUCUGCAUUUAUUACAAGAAGCAAAUGCGCUUACAGAUGUGACCAGCAACCCUAUAUGUCAUGUGACAACUUGAACUGACCUGUAUUUGGAAAUGGAUGAAUAUUCAAUCAGCUUUCCUCAGAUCGACUUGGUUUUUGAUGAGAUAAAUAAUGUGUCAACAUGUCAUCAUAACCAUGAGUUGACAUAUAUAUUAUACUGAGAAACCAGAUUCAAAUACACAUCAUAAGUGAACAUUCAAUUUUGAUCAAUUGUUUCAUGAUUUACACUGAAAGUAAAAAAAUAGAUUGUGUAAUGUUUGUGACUAUUUAAGCGUGAUAUUGCUUAUUUCAUGAUAAUUAAGCAAAUUGCGUAUCAUUUAAUAUUUAAUUUCAAUUAGCCUAGGUAGUUCAAAUUUCUACGUAAUUAGUCAAUUAUAGAGAAAUCAUUAAAAAUGUAAGAAUUGUGUUUAAAGUACGACAGAGUGUAUAUUUUGAAACUGGCUAAUUAAACAUUUUUGCAUAGUUAUAAGCAGCAAGUAUUUUGGAUCACAUCACGCAUUGAUAAAAAAAACUAAAGAUGCAGAUAUUUUCAAGCAUCUAAACAUAUAGAUUAAUAAUAACUUUAUACUUCACGGCAGCUUUUUAGAGAUAAUUUGUUAGGUUUGUAUGAUUUUAAUUUGUUGAGUUUGUUUGCAUUACCUGUAUUUUAUCAUAAAAAGCACUAUCACCCAACAUUUGUCAUGUUUAGUUACUGAACAUCAUCAUUUAAUAAUAAGUACAAUUGAAUUGCAUAUGUUAUUGAUAAUAGUGUUACUUGUCAAAUAUCAAAUACAGUACUGAUGUUUCCUAUAAAA